CUUCGAGUUUGAGACCCACUAAUAUUAUCAACAAACAUUCGAAUCGGAAGUCCAAAGGAGACCACACCUUGGCUGAGCGCCUUGUGCAGUUGUUCAAAGAGGUGUUUCAACAGAAAGACAUUCUUUAUCCAUACCUACUUUGAAAUUGCUGUUACUUAGACGGGAUAAGAAGCCAAGCUCUCUGACGUCCGCGGGAGCCGCAAGUAGGAUGGUCAAAAUUCUCCGCCUCGUCUAUGAGACACGGAAUUGAACCACGGCAUCUUUGUUCCUUCCAAGCUUAUGUUUUGGGACGAGAUUCGUCGCCGACGAUGAUAUGCCCAUCGUUCAAGCGUCCAUCGAAAGGUCUGAUGCCAACCCCGAACAGAACUGGGCCGUUGAAAAGAUCAUAUCGAAAUUCUGUUCUUACCCUGAUAGUGAAGAGGGAAUCUUCAUCUUAGCAGGCGGUCUGGCCAUCCACGAUAUUCAUGAUCGAAAGCAUUUUGUAGAGAAGUUGGCGUCUUCCGACGUGAAUAUGUUUGACCAGGCAACAAUAGUGGCUACAUUCCAGUCCCAGGUUUAUCCUGCAUUUGUUAUCUCAUCUCACUGGCAUCGCUCACGAUUUAUCCUUGACAAACGGAAGUAGUCACUCAUGAAGGCAAGUAUGAUGGCUUCGCGCUGGCGCACUCUCUGCAGAGCAUUUUGCUCCGCUGUACAACGCGGCGGGCGCGGGUGAGGGGGGCGUUCAGUUCUCUUACACUACUCAGA